ACCUCUUUGGCCACCUUGCAGGUCACGGUCAUCCCGCCACGGUUCCCACCGCCACGCAGGGCGAAAAGGUUCCCCACCAUCCUGUUGACGGCGCAGCACACAAGCUGAACGGCAGGUCCGAGUAGGGAUUCGCGGGCAGCGUCAUCAUCCAAAGCAAAGGGAUGAGAGAGGCGAGGGAGAGGGCGAUGACGCUGCCCCACGUGCUAAGCCAUGCGGGCACAUCAGGACUUCGACGGUGGAGCUAUGCUGAGACGCGGGGUUUCAAAGAAGAUGCGCAGGCCAAGAGUAGGAAUGACGAGGGAUUUGGAAGAGGCACCGGCACUGAACAUGAUACACUCUCCGUUAUUCAAACUGCAAACACUCGGCAGGUAAUCCUUUCACAAUCAAGCAACACACGGCGAAGUAGCGUCGUCAGAUCAUCUCAGCUCGAGCGUCGCUUGGUCAAAGCCAAGCUUCCCUUCUGGCAGACUUCGAAAUUCAAAGACGCGCGCAACGCGCUGGCUUUCGUGGGCGUGGGUGGUGGAGUCUAUUAUGCACAGCGCAAAACGCACUUCAUCACGAAUUGGCACAACAAGUUCAAGAAUUGGCGUAGCAAGGGCAAGGAGGAAGACUCCAAGAAGACGGAUGGUAAAGAGCAGCCUGCGAAGACGGAUGGCAAGGAGUCGCCGCCCAAAGCGGAUCCAGGCCAACCAACAACGCCCACAGCUCCUGCAUCCGCGCCAGCCACACCGCAGACCCAAACCGGCGGAGGCGCGAGCGUGCCGACGGAUGCUGGCACGACUUCGCUGAAUAGGGACCCAGCAGCGGUGCAGCGCCGAUCUUUACUGUCCAGCACUGAUCUUGAGCCUCGAGGCAUUGGCAACUUCAUGGCGGCUGGUGUGGGUCUAGGGAUCGGCCUGUUAGGCGUCAAGUACUUUACUGGUGGAUUUUCUUCAAAACAUCCCAAAGAAGCCAAGGACUUUGCAGUGCACCGUGAUCCUGCUAGCUUGCCCGGUGCGGACAAACUUACUCCGAAGGACGUCACAUCGACUCAGAACACAAAGCCGAGCGAAGAAGCACACGCGGAUAAGGUGGAGCAAGCCGAGACAAAGACGAAAGAUGCACCGCUGCCAGAGAAGAAGACGGACGAAUCGCAUCCAGCGAAAGACGUCGUUCCGACGACGACGCCACCGGCUGCCGCUUCGCCAGAGAAGAAAGAGGAAGUGGCCCCUCCAGCAAAGGAACCGGCGCCACCUGUGGCUGCAUCCACUGCUCACAAUCCUGAUGGAUCAUUAGUGUACCCGGCCGUCGUUGACGAGCAUCAUCACGCCCACCAUUUGAGGGAAUCGGAAAUGCUUCAACAAAGAGCAGUGGCCGGUAAAACUCGGCUGGAGCGACGCACACCCAUCCGUCUCGGCUUUCCGAAUUGGUUCGAAAAAUGGGCACCUUACUUUACAGGUAUCAGCACGGGAGCCGCAACGACCAUGCUGAUGAGACAGCACCGCAAGAAGCCGAGCCAAGUCAAGCCAGAGCUGAUCAAGGGCGACUUUCUUCCCAAUCUGGGCAAGGGUCGCAAGAACAGCGGACGGCGCAGUCUUCAAGAAGAUCUGUUAGGCGCUUCGCUGGUCGAUCUGGACGUCUAAGCGCUUUUUGCCUCGUGUGUGUUCUUUUUCAUCUUUUCGCGCCCCAGAACCCGCACAGGAAAGCGAGAUAAAAAGCGUGUACA